UUUGUUUUCACUUAGUUCCUUCAAAAAUUUAAAUUCGAUCAGUGUAGAAUAUUUGUUUAGAUUGUAGAGAAAAUAAAAUGCACUGAAUAUUAAGUGAAUUACUUAAUAAUAUACUUUUGGCGUUGAAAACACCUAGAAGCACAACUCACACUCACGCAUCGCUCUUCUGUGCUCAGUUGCUGGACUAGCCUUACAUUACUUAAAUAAGCAACCAAUAUGUUUGUUGAUGAUGAGGGUGAACUCUUUAAUCCGUUCAGCGUUGGACCAGCCGGAAGUGGGGAACGCUUUGAGUACAAGAUGCCAAGCAGUCCAACAUAUCCGCCACCUGUGUUUGCCACAUGGCCGCCACCAAAGGUGCCCACCAAUAGAUCGGUCUCGCAGUGUACGUUUGUCAAGCAGGCGGCAGCUGCUAUGCAUAACGGCCAAUCGCAAAGGGGUGAAGUGGCUAUUUCGAAAGCCAUUAAUCAGGAGAUGGCCGCUGCAAAACAGAUUGCGGCUGAUGGGGAGCGCAUCGAUGCGGGCGGCCAGUCCAAAACGACUCUGUCAAAUACCGGUCCUAAGGGAAAUUCUGUGACAACCUUGAUGCCCGUCAGGGAAUGCCGCGCCUCAUCCCAAUCAAGCAUAUCUCAAUUCAGCAUCGCUUCAAAGACGACCUCCAAAAAGAGCAGAGCCAAGUCGCAUGUUAGUCAGACUCCCGCUAAAGUUUCCAGCAAGAUUAGUGCGAACUCGUAUGACAGCAAUAAUACACUUGUGCCCAACACUGAAUUAAAAAAGUUAAAAGGAUCCAUAAAUAUAACAGAGAACGCAAAUGUGUCGCGCAGCAACCGACGAGCAGAUGCAGGAGGACAUUCAGUGGAUGCAAUUUCUCGUGUCUCGAUGAAGUCUCAGGCAGAAAAAAUUCAAGCAGACAAGAUCUCGUUAAGGUCUAAAGCAAGUACAGUUCAUGCAGAUAAUGCUUCCCAUGUUACUGCCCAGUUCAAGGCGAGUGACUACCGCGCUGAUACAGUUUCCCGUGCUUCCGUCCAGUCCAAGGCUAAUGACCAACGGGCAGAUAAUGUUUCCCGAGUUUCGGUUAAGUCCAAGACUAGUGAACACCCAUCCAAGGCUAGCGACCACCGAUCAGAUAAUAUUUCACGAAUUUCGGUCAAGUCCAAGGCGAGUGGCCAUCAGGCAGAUGCAGUUUCUCACGUUUCGACGGAUGCCCACGCAGGAGAUAAUGCCUCUCAAAGCGACGGAAACCAGAUGGAAGAUAUAUCAAAGCCGAAUACCAAGACCAAGCCCUCGUUGAAGGAGGUUGCUGAGGCAGUGAAAAAAGAGCUAGAACAGUCGAUGGCGACUUCAAAGACCCUGGCCAAUAAGGCAGCCGAGCUAAGUGAACGCCUUAGAGCUGGAAAUGAGUUCAAGCACAAUCGUUUCCACUCUCUGAUUCGCAUGUAUACAAACACAGAGCCAUUGAAGCGAUGCCGCGAAGAUCGCAUGUCCAUUUGGUUCAAGGACUCAGUUCUUUCCUAAUCAAAUUCUACCCUAGCCCAAUGAGUUAACAAUGCACGUUCAAACAUUUCUAGAGCAUUGAGCAAAAUUAUGAAUUUUAGCAAAAUCAAAACAAAAAAAAGACCUAUACAAUUUAAGAUGCCCAAAUAGAACUUACCCACUUUCAAAUGCAAUAAAAUAAAAAAAUAAAAGAUAAAAUGUUAGCAUGAUUUGCGGUUCUGCGUUUUGCUGACAUUUCGUAUCAUUAAUUUAAA